AUGUAUGAUGAAAUCAUAAAAGCCACAAAUGAUUUUGACGCCACACAUUGCAUAGGACAGGGAGGAUAUGGAGUUGUCUACAAAGCAAAUCUGCCACCGGAUAACAUAGUAGCUGUGAAGAAGCUUCACCCCUCAUCUGAUAUGGUAGAUCGUAAAGGAUUUCUUAGCGAGGUAAGAGCAUUGACAGAAGUAAGGCACCGGAAUAUCGUGAAACUUCACGGUUUCUGUAAGCAUGCUCGACAUUCAUUUUUGGUCUAUGAGUAUCUUGAAAGGGGUAACCUGGCCACAAUGUUGAGCACAGAAGAUGAAGCUAAGAAAUUAGACUGGCCUAAGAGGGUGAAUAUUGUUAAGGGUGUGGCUCAUGCUUUGUCAUACAUGCACCAUGACUGCUCACCACCUAUUGUUCAUCGAGACAUCACAUGUAGCAACAUUUUGCUGGAUAUAGAGUACGAGGCUCGUGUCUCAGAUUUUGGCACUGCUAAGCUUCUGAAACUAGACUCAUCCAAUUGGAGCACGCUUGUGGGCACAUACGGUUAUGUUGCACCAGAGUUUGCUUACACAAUGAAGGUGACUGAGUUGUGCGAUGUGUUUAGCUUUGCUGAGAACAUACUGCUUGAAGAUUUAUUGGACCAGCGCCUUCCGCCUCCCUCAAUUGAAGUUGGGGAAGCACUGCUAUAUGUUAUAAAGAUUGGCUAG